UUUAUUUUGUGGUACUUGGAAUGUCAAUGGACAGUAUCCUAUACAGAGAGUGGACAAGUGGCUAGUGUAUCAGGAAACAAUACCAGACAUAUUUGCUAUUGGUUUUCAAGAGUUGGAUCUCAGUCCUGAGGCAUUGCUAAGGAAUGAAACCAGUCGAGAAGAGCCCUGGAUUGAUCUGGUGGAGUCAUCUCUUAAAAUGGCCGGGAAAUUCAAAAAAGUAAAAAAAUAG